UUGACAAUAGAGCUUCACACAUUGCAGGCGAUGGCUGUAGGAUGAAGUUGGUGAAGAGCAACUGCAGAACAUGCAGUCAAAACAUCAUGAACUUUGAUCACAUUAAUUUUGUAAAGUUCAUGUAGUCGACAAGUAAGCGCAAGUCGGACAUUUUUUAUCCAUAAUGCAACCCAUUUUGAAAGGUUGGUCACCGACUUGAGAAAAGGGAUCCGCUCAAACGCGCCCAAUGUAUGACGUUUUAGAGAUUCAGAAGGUACAUACAAGCGCAUGUGGCUACACUCAUUGUGGAACUUGUAGUCACAUUAACAUGCUAGAGAGGCACUUCCAGAACCAUUGUGCAUUACCAGAACUGCACUACCCAUAGAUCAUUCGGGUUUUCAAGACUGUCUCAGACACGGAAGGUAAAGAAAAGUGCGGUACUGUAGAAGAUCCGAGAGGAGUUCACACUGCAUCAAGCCUAAAAGUUGUGAUCUGCUCUGGAGUCCAGUUACACUUAUAGACAGCCUCCAUCUGUCCUUCUAUCCCUCCUUCCAUCCCUACCUUCUCUAAUUACCAGACCCGGGGACCGUGAGAAGCAAGCGAGGUUGAAGGUCUGCAGUCAUCACCAUGUCUACAUUCCGUUUUGGACAGCACGUCAUCAAGGCCUCAGCAGUGUUUCUACAAACUGAGUUGUCCUUCGCCCUGGUCAACAGGAAGCCUGUGGUGCCUGGACAUGUGUUGGUGUGUCCUCUGCGGCCCGUUGAGCGUUUCCGAGACUUGCAUCCUGAUGAGGUGGCUGACCUCUUCACCACUACCCAGAGAGUGGCUGACCUGGUGGAGAAACACUUCCAGGUUUCCUCCCUCACCAUCGCCAUACAGGAUGGCCCUGAAGCCGGACAAACUGUGAAGCAUGUUCACGUGCAUGUCCUCCCCAGGAAGGCAGGUGACUUUGAGAGAAACGACAACGUCUAUGAUGAGCUCCAGAAGCAUGACCGUGAGAGUGAGGACGUCCCUUCCAGGUGGAGAACAGAGGAGGAGAUGGCAGCAGAGGCGUCUGAUCUGAGGAAACAAUUCAGCUAAACUGUCCUGUAAAGAACCACUUUAGGUCUUUCUCUAUAAAGAAGGCUACAUUGAAAAUGUUUUGCCCAUGAUGUUAAAGUUGUUGUUGAUGAGUGCUUUAGUUGAAAUAGAAGGUUCAUGUUAGUGACUCAUGACUUAUUGUGUUUUGUCUUUCUUCCAAUCCAGAAUCUCUAUAACGACAACUUGCAACGUUUCAAGUGAUUGUGAAGUGGAUAAUUCUUCAGUUGGCACUGUUGUUGGAAAAAGUAUUUUGAACUGAACUGAUGUGGUUGAUUACAGUUCAUACAUCUUUAAAUGUAAUGUGUGACUUGUAUUAUUACCUCAGGUGUUUUUUUUUUGUGGUGUUUUUGUUGUUCUCCUUGGAAUUUCUUGGGGUUAGACUUGUACCAGAGUUAUUGUUGUUGUUUUAUAUUCCAUGAGUGUCACAACAUGUAAAUGUUGAAUUAUUCAUCAAUCGCUCUCCCUUGCAUCAGUUCUUAAUCGCACCAAGUCAGUGCUCAUAACAACAUUUAAAGGCCCUCUAAACCCCACAGUCACAGCUAUGAACAUGCAUGUGAGCACCUCCAUGCAAAGCGGAGCUAAAAACGAGUGGAUAAUGAAGGUAACAUGUGGUUAAUAAAGAGGAGCAGCUGCUCUGGGAUCUGUGAAA